AAUGCUCCGGGUUACGGUGUGACACCACCCGCCUCAGCUCCCAAGAUGUCGGUGUGGAGGAGAGUUGUGACUGUGUGCAGACCGAGGGUGGCCCGGACCCUGCUCGGAGCAUGCUCUGUGCGGGCCUAUCGCGGUGAUACCCCCGAUGACAGCAUGAAAGAUAUAACUGAUAUUUUGCUGCCUCCAUGGGAAGAGCGGAUCAAUGAGCCCCUUCACACGAAGCGAGCACGUCUGCUGUACGAGAGCCGCAAACGGGGAAUGCUGGAGAAUGGCAUCAUCCUGAGCCUUUUUGCCAAGGAGUAUCUGAAUACCAUGAGUGAGAAGCAGCUGAGUCUGUACGAUAAACUGAUCAACCAACCCAGCAAUGACUGGGACAUCUACUAUUGGGCAACAGAAACAAAACAAACUCCUCCUGAAUUUGAUAGCGAAGUCAUGACCCUGCUUAAGGAUUUCACCAAAAACCACAACAUGGAGCAGAGAGUGGGUCAGCCUGACCUGGAGUAUCUCUUCGAGAACAAGCACUGACCUGGCUCAGUUAGUCAACCUAUGGUUCCGGACUAUUUUAUUUAAAUGCCUUGCUAAGAGAGCCACAAUUGUGUGUAUUCUUACCCUAUCCUGAGUGCAUUGAUUGGCACAAGUGUCGCGGUGAGAGCGAUAAAGCAUGCAAGUCACA